UAGACUGGAGUAUGGUGGGCAGCAUAGGCAGUGGCAAGGAAUGGAGUAACAGAGAGAGAGAGAGAGAGAGAGAGAGAGAGAGAGAGAGAGAGAGAGAGAGAGAGAGAGAGAGAGAGAGAGAGAGAGAGAGAGAGAGAGAGAGAGUGCAGGAAACAGAGAGGAAUCAGAGUAGUGUGAUGGCAUGUAAAAUUAAAAGUAGGAGAGGUAAAAGAAGCGGAAAUGGAGAGGGAGAUAGGGUGGAAGGACAGGGUUCGGAUGGUUGAAGGCGGUAUCUAUGAUCGCAA